CUUGAAUCGAAGCUUUAAAUGCUACACCCCUCGCAAUAUACAGACUGAAACACUGGAACAGAACGCCAUUCACAAAUCAUACUCGAAAUGUCUUCGAUUGGGCCUCAAUUACCGCCGCACCUAUCGAAACGGAAGCGCACACCCGAUGAUGAAGCCUCAAACUCCAGCAAACACCGUCGCAGCGAAUCUCCAGCAAAGAAUACAGAUGAGAUUGACCUAGAAGACUCGGACGAUGAUUAUGGUCCCAGCGCACCUUUACCGCCCAAAGCACCCGUCGGCCCAGCUUUACCGGCAUCGAAUAAGGACGAGAUAGAUCUCGAGUCUGAUUCCGAAUCUGAUACAGGCCCAGCACCACCAAAGCCCACCGUUGGGCCUGCGCCACCUCCCGCCGAUAUUUCGCAACGCCCAGCAACAUCUCCCGACUCAGAUUCAGACUCCGAAGAUGACUACGGCCCUGCACUACCAGGCUCAGUCAAAGCGAACAAACCCACGAUAGGGCCACAGCUUCCAUCCGCUGAACCAGCACCCCAGCGCGACUCGUGGAUGCUUGCGCCCCCCACAGCAUCGGGCUACUCAGAGCGCGACCCAACCAAGAUGCGCAAUCGUAAAUUCGCUUCCAAGCCAGCGUCGUCUUCUGGUCCCUCGACUGUAUCGACAAUAUGGACUGAAACCCCUGAAGAGAAGCUGAAGAGACUGCAAGACUCGGUACUAGGACGCGCCGACAAGAAUACAGACACAGCACCGAAGUCAGGGAAGUCUCAGGAAGAGGAAGAACGGAAUCGUAGAAUUGCAGCAAAUAUUGAAUCGCAGCGAGGUAAAAGUCUAUACGCAGAGCAUCAGGGGCGAAGAGAAAAGGAAGGUAAAAGGGUUGAGGAGGAGGAGGAUGAUCCCAGUAAGCGGGGAUUUGACCGAGAAAAGGAUAUGGCUCUGGGCGGAAAGAUCGGCACGGCGCAAAGGAGAGAGUUGAUGAACAAAGCUGCUGAUUUUGGUGGCAGGUUUUCAAAGGGAUCUUUCCUCUAGCAUGUGGACGAUAGAUCUCUGGGAUUCUAAGACAAGAAACUAGAUUAAGACUUCUUCUUCUUCUUCUUCUUCUUUUUUUUUUUUUUUUUGAAAUGAAACUCAUAAAGCACAGCUUUUCGACCAACUUUCUACAUCAAUCACCUACCAAUAGUAGAUAAUUGAAUCAUUCAAAAUCUAGGAAUAGCUUCAAAGCGUUUCUAAGAUGAAAAACGGCUAGCCAUAUUCACCAAUCAGAGACGGUGUUUCAAUUAAUACAAGUUACCUAUGGCUUAGCCUUUAUUUCUAUUAUUCACCGUCCCUAGGUACCUAGUCAGGAGCAAAGUGUGUAUGCAGAUGGAAC